ACAACCCUGCGCUCAGUUGAGACAGUAGCGCUAAGUAAGGUCCAUGGACCAAUCAUCAUGAGGGUACACUGCAGGACCCUCCCCUUGCUCCUCCCCUUCCUGGAAUCCUUACCUCGCCAUUGGCCGCACCACUGCACCCAAGCCAAUGGCAACCUGCCCUCCCAUAGAGUCUUACCCUUCUGCCGCCACUUCACCACUGACAGAUCCACCCUUCAGCCUCUGAAUGGCCCAGAGUCCGUGGAGGUGUUAGGCCACGCCCACCCUCGGGACGACUUCACCAAUGUGACCCCCAAGAUCCUUUCCAAGGUCGGACGCAACCUGCACAACCAGUCACAUCAUCCAUUAUGGCUGAUCAAAGAGCGAAUCAAAACCCACUUCUACUCCGUCUACACCGCUCACCGUGGAAACCCGCUGUUCAGCGUCUAUGACAACCUGAGUCCCGUGGUAACGGUGGAACAGAACUUCGACAGCCUGUUGAUCCCAGCCAACCACCCGAGCAGGAAAAGAGGCGACAACUACUACCUCAACAGGGGCACCAUGCUACGCGCCCACACCUCUGCCCACCAGAGGGAGCUGGUACGGUCUGGGCUGGAUGCCUUCCUGGUGGUAGGGGACGUGUACCGCCGGGACGAGAUCGACGGCAGCCACUACCCGGUGUUUCACCAGAUGGAGGGGGUCAGGCUGUUCUCCAACCACGAGCUGUUUGCACGUGUGCAGAGUGGGGAGGACCUGUCCCUGUUUGAGAGGGGGGGGCGGAGGACCCCCCAGAAGCAGGAGAGACACACGCUGGAGGCCGUCAAGCUGGUGGAGUUUAACCUGAAGCAGACCCUCACACUCCUGAUCAAACACCUGUUUGGAGAAGAGCUCGAGAUCAGGUGGGUAGACUGCUACUUUCCUUUCACUCAUCCCUCGUUUGAGAUGGAGGUGCGUUUCCAAGGCGACUGGCUCGAGGUUUUGGGCUGCGGGGUGAUGGAGCAGGAGCUGGUGGACUCAGCGGGAGCAGGUAACAAGCUGGGUUGGGCGUUUGGGCUGGGUCUAGAGCGCCUGGCCAUGGUUCUGUACGGUAUCCCAGACAUCCGUCUGUUCUGGAGUCAGGACGAACGAUUCCUGAAACAGUUCCACCUGACAGACAUCCACCAGCCCGUCACCUUCCAGCCGCUGAGUAAGUACCCCCCCUUAAUGAACGACAUCUCGUUCUGGCUGCCUGCGGAGGGGUACAGUUCCAACGACUUCUACGACCUGGUGAGGACCACGGGAGGAGAUCUGGUGGAGAAGGUCACUCUGGAAGACCGCUUCACUCACCCCAAGACCCAGAGACAGAGCCACUGCUACAGAAUCGUUUACCGCCACAUGGAGCGAACUUUGACCCAGGAAGAAGUUAGGGUCGUCCACCGGGCCAUUGAACAAGCUGCUGAGCAUGAGCUGGGGGUGGAGGGGAGGUACUGACACACACACACACCCUCCACCAGUAUGUGCACUGGGAAGGAUCGGGAGAUGGGGGGGGUUCUUUAUACACCGUGUUUCCAUGUACAUUUACUGACAGUGGGUUUCAAAUAAACCUCAACAUUUGGAUAGA